AUAUUUAAGGCAAGUUUAGUUCUGGGCCUGCAGAAGCCACAAAUUCUGAGCACAGAUCUGCAGCCACAGCCUGGAAACCAGACCUCACACCUUCAUGUCCAGACGUCUUCUCCAAGAACUAGAAACCAGACCUCACACCUUCGGGUCCAGACGUCUUCUCCUAGAACUAGAAACCAGACCUCACACCUUCGGGUCCAGACGUCUUCUCCUAGAACUAGAAACCAGACCUCACACCUUCAGGUCCAGAUGUCUUCUCCAAGAACUAGAAAUCAGACCUCAUACCUUCGGUUCCAGAUGUCUUCUCCUAGAACUAGAAAGCAGACCUCACACCUUCAGGUCCAGACCUCUUCUCCUAGAACUAAAAACCAGACCUCACACCUUCAUGUCCAGACGUCUUCUCCUAGAACUAGAAAGCAGACCUCACACCUUCAGGUCCAGACCUCUUCUCCUAGAACUAGAAACCAGACCUCACACCUUCAGGUCCAGACCUUUCUCCUAGAACUAAAAACCAGACCUCACACCUUCAUGUCCAGACGUCUUCUCCAAGAACUAGAAACCAGACCUCACACCUUCGGGUCCAGACGUCUUCUCCUAGAACUAGAAACCAGACCUCACACCUUCAGGUCCAGAUGUCUUCUCCAAGAACUAGAAACCAGACCUCAAACCUUCGGGUCCAGACGUCUUCUCCUAGAACUAAAAACCAGACCUCACACCUUCGGGUCCAGACGUCUUCUCCAAGAACUAGAAACCAGACAUCACACUUUCAUGUCCAGACGUCUUCUCCUAGAACUAGAAAUCAGACCUCAUACCUUCGGUUCCAGAUGUCUUCUCCUAGAACUAGAAAGCAGACCUCACACCUUCAGGUCCAGACCUCUUCUCCUAGAACUAAAAACCAGACCUCACACCUUCAUGUCCAGACGUCUUCUCCUAGAACUAGAAAGCAGACCUCACACCUUCAGGUCCAGACCUCUUCUCCUAGAACUAGAAACCAGACCUCACACCUUCAGGUCCAGACCUUUCUCCUAGAACUAAAAACCAGACCUCACACCUUCAUGUCCAGACGUCUUCUCCUAGAACUAGAAAGCAGACCUCACACCUUCAUGUCCAGACCUCUUCUCCUAGAACUAGAAACCAGACAUCACACCUUCAGGUCCAGACCUUUCUCCUAGAACUAAAAACCAGACCUCACACCUUCAUGUCCAGACGUCUUCUCCUAGAACUAGAAA